UCAUUGGACCUCGUAAAACCGACACUAAAACUUCUUAGCAUAUAAAUCACUUCUCAAAUUAUGAGUUCAUUGUAUUAUGCGAACGCGCUGUUUUCCAAAUACCAAGUGGCGAGUUCAGCCUUCUCUACUGGCGUGUUUCCCGAGCAAACUUCUUGCGCCUUUUCGUGCAGUUCGCAGCGGGCCAGCGGCUACGGCUCGGCUUCAACCGGUGCACCGGUCUCUUCAUCAUCUUCUGUCUCCCUGCCGAGCAUGUACACUAACGGUACUAGUCUUUCCAGUCAUACUCAAGGCAUGUACCCCACUGCGUAUGAGCUGGGAGCUGUCUCUUUGAACAUGCACAGCUCUCUGUUUGACCAUCCGAAUCUACCCAUGGUGAGCGCUGGCGAUCUCUGUAAAGCGCAAAGCAGUGGCAAGGAAGAGCAGAGGGGCUACCAUCAAAACAACGAAAACAACCUCCGAAUCUACCCGUGGAUGAGGAGCACAGGUGCUGACCGGAAAAGAGGCCGUCAGACCUAUUCCCGCUACCAAACAUUAGAGCUGGAGAAAGAGUUUCACUUCAACCGUUACCUUUCAAGACGGCGGCGUAUCGAGAUAGCACACGCCCUGUGCUUAACCGAGCGCCAGAUCAAAAUUUGGUUUCAAAACAGGAGAAUGAAAUGGAAGAAAGAGAACAAAUCAACGGACCGCUGCUCGCCUGCUGCUGAUCAAAUUGGAGGCGACGAGGAAGAAGAAGAUGAUGAGUAGCAACGCAAGUUGAAGACAUAAUAAGACUAUACUAAAAUAUUAUUGAUUUGACUUGCUUUAAUUCGGGAUACACUGAAUAAAAAAGUUGAUACUUACAAUACUGUAGGCAACGUGUCUUUAUCGUCUAUGUAACUUAUGUUAGAGAUGUUAAUGUGCUAAACUAUUAAAUAUAAUACUACGAACUAUUUUAAAACAUUUUAAUAUAGAUGUAUAAACUACAUUUAAGACGUGAAUACUAAUACUGUAUAAUAGCCUAAAUUCCUUAUAUAUAGGCACAAUACUAUAUUAUUAACAUAUGUUUCAUAGCAUUUGUGAAUCUUGUAUGUGUGACCUAUUAUUCGUUCGGUCUAUUAUCCACUGAGAUCAAACAAAGAAGGGAGCAAGCUACUUUUAAUUAUUUCGAAUUUUGAUAUACCCCUUUUCUGUAUUUUUGUGUAAAUAUUUGUCUGGUUAUUUUUUUCCCUUGGUCAUAUUUGUGUUUGUUUUAGAAUAAACUGUUUUGCUGACUACAA